AUGACGCUGCACCAAAAUGGCGGCUCUUCAACAUGCGUUGUUGAACCACCAAUCGAACUACAAGAUGUCUCGUCCUACCUCCAGAGACCACAAGACGCCAAAAUAGCAUCCAAUCUCAAGAUCUCAGACAGGAAAAGCCAAGGCGAUGACCCAGUCGAGAGUUUACCCUCGCCUACGACCCAAGCAGCCGAGAAGCUCGAGCGAUGGAACCAGUCUCAGACAAACGUAUACCGCACCUUUGCCGCCUUUUGGUCUUUCGUUGUUAUGGGUAGUAACGAUGCCGCCUACGGUGCUUUAAUCCCAUAUCUGCAAGAGUACUACCACCUCAAGUACCUCGUCGUGUCCCUUGUUUUCCUCUCCCCCCUGGUAGGCUACACCGCCUCCGCCCUGCUAAACAACACGAUCCACCUGCGCUACGGACAACGCGGCGUCGGCGUGCUCGCGCCAAUCUGCCACCUAAUCCCGUACAUAGUGAUAGCAGUGCACCCUCCCUACCCCGUACUCAUCGUCAUCUUCAUGAUCGCCGGGUUCGGCAACGGUCUUGCAGAUGCUGCGUGGAAUGCCUGGAUGGGUAAUAUGGCGAACCCGAACGAGAUCCUCGGGUUCCUGCACGGCUUCUACGGCGUGGGCGCCGUGCUCGCGCCGCUGAUUGCCACGACGAUGAUCACAAAGGGCAAUCUACCGUGGUACACGUUCUACUACGUCAUGAUUAGCAUGGCGGCCAUUGAGUUCGCGUCCUCUGCGAGCGCGUUCUGGAAAGCAGAUGGCGCUGUGUUCAGGGCGGCAAAUCCGCGGACGGGAGACGGCAAGGACAAUCGCAUGAAAGAAGCGGUUAUGAGACUCCCGUUCGCGAGGGUGACGUGGUGCUGUGCGAUUUUCUUCCUGGGCUAUGUGGGCAUCGAGGUCGCGCUCGGAGGCUGGAUUGUCAAGUUCAUGCUCGAAGUGCGCAAGGGCGAGGAGUUCGCGAGUGGUAUGACGGCGACAGGGUUCUGGAUGGGGAUUACAGUCGGACGACUUGUACUCGGUUUUGUGACGCCCAGGAUCGGGGAGAAGAUGGCUAUCGCGAUCUACCUCCCGCUCACCAUGGGCCUCGAGCUCAUCUUCUGGCUGGUACCCCAAUUCUAUGUCUCCGCUGUAGCCGUCGCGCUGCAAGGCUUCUUCCUCGGACCACUCUUCCCUGCCGCUGUUGUUGCUGCGACGAAGCUACUGCCGCGACACUUGCACGUCAGCGCCAUCGGCUUCGCAGCUGCAAUCGGCGGGUCAGGCGGUGCCAUCUUCCCCUUCGCGGUCGGUGCGAUCGCACAAGCGAAGGGUGUGCAAGUCCUGCAGCCCAUCAUCCUCGCACUGCUGGGUUGCAUUCUGGGAGUAUGGCUCUGUCUGCCCCGGUUCCACAAGAAGCAGGAGUAA